CGGCGCGCAGGCGCGGUAGUCGCGGCCAAGAUGGCGCUGCUGAGGCAGGCGUACAGCUCGCUGUUCCGCCGCACCUCCACCUUCGCCCUCAGCAUCGUGCUGGGCGCCGUCGUCUUCGAGCGCGCCUUCGACCAGGGGGCCGAUGCCAUCUUCGAGCACCUCAACGAAGGGAAACUGUGGAAACACAUCAAGCACAAGUAUGAAGCGAGUGACAACUGAAACGCUCAGCAGCAGGAUCCAGCCUGGGGUGGCAAAAAACACUGCAGAGAAGGAUUUGGUGUCCUGAAACCAGCUGGAUCAAAAUGGAAUUGGGUUCCUGAUCGCCUCCGAGCCAGAUUGUAUCAGCCACCUCCUGAUAUGAUGUAAAAUGCGUUGGACUCCAGGAGUUCUGCUGCUGUGUUGAAACUUUGUGUUAAAUAAAAUAAAAAGUUCUUGGCCCAUGUCUCAG